CCGAGAGUUCAGACAUCGAAAGAAGAAUUCUUAGGGAAUACAGAAGCCCAACAAGGUUGAAAUGCUUAUAAAAUGCCUUAUUCUUCUCUCCGCAGCGAUUCUGCUGACUGCAAGUAAGAUUCCCGAACCAGGAGAACGGCUUGGAGAUGAGCUGACCAUUGUCAAGAAUGCAGCUGCAACAAGCGACACCACAUCGAUAUUGGUCCAGCUAAGGGAGCUGAUGAACAGUGUCCAGGUGGGCAACUCCACCGGUAUUGUGGCUUAUAUAGUGCCCUCCACCGAUGCCCAUCAGUCGGAGUACCUGAGCCGGCAUGACGAGCGGCGCGCCUUUGUCACCGGCUUCGAUGGCUCAGCAGGAACAGCGGUGGUGACCACCAAUGCCGCCCUCCUCUGGACCGACAGUCGCUACCACCUGCAGGCAGAGCAGCAGCUGGACGACAACUGGGAACUGAUGAAGCAAGGGCUGAGCGGCGUUCCUUCCAUCGGAGUCUGGUUAGCCCAGAACCUCACAGCUGGCAGCUUCGUGGGCGUAGAUCCCCGCCUGAUGUCGUUCCGUGAAUGGCAAACCAUCGAAACCCAGCUGAUCUCCGCGGGAAUUAAACUGGUGCCCGUCGAGGAAAACCUUGUGGACAAAGUUUGGGGCAACGAACAGCCCGCUCAAAACGCCAAUCCCAUAGAUACGCUCAAGCUGCAGGUCGCGGGCAAGACCAUUGCCAGGAAAUGGGAAGAUGUGCGCCAGCAGAUGAAGCAGAAGAGUGUGGACGCAUUGGUGGUUAGUGCCCUUGACGAGAUCGCCUGGCUGCUCAACCUGCGCGGAUCAGACAUUGAGUUUAACCCCGUAUUCUUCUCCUACAUGAUUGUGACUGAGGACAAGCUACAGCUCUUUGUGGAUCUGGUGAAAAUCCCCGCUGACUUUGACAAACACCAAUUGAGGAACAAUGUCACUGUAACCCUCUCUUCCUACGAAAAAAUUUCCCUGGAGAUUCGUAAAAUCGUGUUGAAGAAGAAGUCUAAUAUCUGGAUUGCACCCACCAGCAGCUACUACCUCACCGCCUUGAUUCCUGAGUCCCGAAGACUCCAGGCAGUGACGCCCGUGAACCUACUGAAGGCGAUUAAGAACCCAGUUGAGGCCCAGGGCUUCGUCAACAGCCACAUCCGGGACGGAGUGGCUCUCUGCCAGUACUUCGCCUGGCUUGAAAACCAACUGAAGCUGGGCAGGGAGGUGGACGAGAUAUCCGGCGCCAAAAAAUUGGAGUAUUUUCGGGGAUCAAAGGAAAACUAUGUGAGGCCUAGCUUUGAGACGAUCAGUGCUUCUGGACCCCAUGCAUCUCUGGCUCACUAUAACCCAAGCAACGACACGAAGAGGAGGAUAACCGACAAGGAAAUCUACCUGUGCGACUCGGGAGCUCAGUACUUAGACGGCACCACGGAUGUGACGAGGACUCUUCACUUUGGUGAACCCACUGACUUCGAAAAGGAGGCCUACACUCGUGUCCUUAAGGGACAGCUGAGUCUCGGUUCCGCUGUAUUUCCCGCCUUAGUGAAGGGUCAAGUUCUGGACACUCUGGCGAGGAAGGCCCUCUGGGACGUUGGACUGGACUAUGGUCACGGAACUGGUCACGGAGUCGGUCAUUACCUCAAUGUUCACGAGGGUCCAAUGGCCGUGGGACCAGGUUAUGUAGCCGACGAUCCCGGCCUGCAGGCGAACAUGUUCAUCUCCAACGAACCUGGUUUCUACCAGGACGAUGAUUUCGGCAUCCGCAUCGAGGACAUUGUCCAAAUUGUGCCCGCCCAAACGGCUUACAAUUUUACAAAUCGCGGAGCCCUGACCUUCAGAACCGUCACCAUGUGCCCGAAGCAAACGAAGAUGAUCAAGAAGGAGCUUUUGUCCGAGGCGGAGGUGAAGCUGCUCAAUAGCUAUCACCAACUAGUUUGGGACACCUUGGCACCUGUAUUGGUCGGUCAAAAAGAUCUAUUCACCUUGUCCUGGCUGAAGAAGGAAGUCAAAGCGAUUUAA